AUGCCAGUCUACCACAUCGUUCUCUUCCGCCUCAAGCCAGGCGUCACGCAGGCGCAGCUCGCCAACUGGGUCACUGUUGCGGAGAGCAUGGUGGGUAGAAUCCCCGGUUUGGUUUCGCUGAAGGCCGGCCAGCCGUUGCCUAUCAGUGUUCCCCGUGCCAAGGGGUUUGAUAUGGGGAUUGUGGCUGUGAUGGAGUCGCCCGACGCUGUGGCUUCUUACGCUACGCAUCCGGUCCACCUUGAGGUGUCGAAGCUGAGAGAGGAGUUGUGUGACGAUACGCUGGCGUAUGACUUGGAGUUCGAGAAUUGA